AUGUCUAUAUUUCUUAGCAAGAGACUGUUGAGAUUUUCCGUUUUUGCCGGUAUAACUCUUGUUUUGCUAUUAACACUGAGUUCUAAUAGUAAUACCAAUCAAUACGUUCCAUCUAGCAUAGCUUCCGCGUUUGAUUUUUCGUCAAAAUCGUCAGGUUCGGGAGGCAUCUCCAGUGAAGAAAAUACUGUUACUGAGGAAGAUGAUGCUAAGAAACUACAAAAUGCUUUGAAUCUGGAUGCAAAUGAUGAUUCCAAAAGCAUGGACGAAGAAUCCAAGGCUUUAAAGGCCACUGCUGAACAUGCAGAUGCCCCAGUAGACACCAAAACCACCAUGGAUUAUAUCACUCCAUCUUUUGAUAACCACGAUGGCAAGCCAAAAGCUUGUUACGUCACUUUGGUGAGAAACAGGGAAUUGAAAGGUUUGUUGAAGUCAAUCAAGUAUGUGGAAAACAAAAUUAACAAGAAAUUUCCAUAUCCUUGGGUUUUCUUGAACGAUGAGGAAUUUACUGAAGAAUUCAAGACAGAAGUCAAGAAAGCCGUUUCCUCUGAAGUUAAGUUUGGUAUUCUGCCCAAGGAGCAUUGGUCGUAUCCUGAAUGGAUCGAUCAAGCAAAGGCUGCUGACGUCCGUGCUAACUCCCAAUAUAUCUACGGUGAUUCGGAAUCUUAUAGACAUAUGUGUCGUUUCCAAUCUGGGUUUUUCUGGAGACAUGAAUUAUUAGACGAAUACGAUUGGUACUGGCGUGUGGAACCAGACAUCAAAUUAUACUGUGAUGUUAACUAUGAUGUUUUCAAAUGGAUGCAGGAUAAUAAGAAAGUUUACGGUUUUGCUGUUUCCAUUCACGAGUAUGAAAUCACUAUCCCAACACUCUGGGAAACAUCAAUGGAUUUCAUCCAAAAGAACCCUCAAUAUGUAGAUAAGGACAACUUAAUGAGUUUCCUUUCUGAUGAUAACGGCAAAACAUAUAAUUUAUGUCAUUUCUGGUCGAACUUUGAAAUCGCGAACUUGAACUUUUGGAGAUCUCCCGCAUACGGAGAAUACUUCGAGGCUUUGGAUCAUCAAGGUGGAUUCUUUUACGAAAGAUGGGGCGAUGCACCUGUUCAUUCUAUUGCCGCUGCUUUGUUUUUACCAAAAGAUAAGAUCCAUUAUUUCUCCGACAUUGGAUAUCAUCAUCCACCUUAUGAUAAUUGCCCAUUGGACGACAAAGUCUAUAAGGAUAACAACUGUGAAUGUGAUCAAGGUAAUGAUUUCACUUUCCAGACCUAUUCUUGUGGUAAACAAUAUUAUGAAGCUCAAGGAUUUGAAAAGCCUGAAAAUUGGAAAUCAUUCCGUGACUAG